CAGAAACACACUUAACACAUUACAGGAAGACAUAAGCACAGCUCUAAUGCAGCUCUCUGAGGUUAGAAGUAACCAAAAAGACCUGCAGAGGGACCUGGACCUCAUGCAAAGCACACAAAACAGGCUCAAAGGGGGAGGGGUCAGUAGAUGGCCACGCCUCUCCAAACAGCCAAACAGAACUCAGUCUCAUUCAACAUUAUAUCAGCAGCCUGUCAGCCAAUCAGAACUCUUAUCCGGAGCAUGACGGUCAAAUGAAGUCUCCAGUGUGGAAGGAGAGAAAAAACAGCCGGGAUCUGAAAGAACAAAACAACUCAACUAUAACUCAGAGGCAGACAGCAGCACUGGAGCUGUUGGAGUCUGAGAGAGUGUACGUGUCGUAUCUCUCACUCCUUUUAAAGGCCAACAUCAGUUUUAACGGCUCAGAAAACGUCAACCUCAAAGAUAAACGGCCUUUCCCUCCAUCUCUACGGUUCUUGAUUCAGCAGCAUCUAGAACUCCUUCACCUCCUCCAGGAGAGAGUUCUUAAGAGCCACUGGCAAGGAAUCAUGGGGGAUGUAUUUCUAAGGCUCACAAACAAAGAAAGUGAUUUUCUGGAUCAUUACGUAUCAUAUCUACGGGACCUGCCAGAAUGUUUGAGAGUUGUUAGUCUGUUCUCCUCUUCAAAAUCAGGCAGCUUACUAGAGAGUGACAUCACAGCGGAUGAAACACGUCAGUCACUACACUCUCUGCUUUUACAACCUGUCCAGCGUAUCCCAGAAUACCAUAUGCUCCUUCAGAGUCUUCUGCAGCAGACAGAGUCAGAGCAUCCAGACUAUUAUCUGUUACUGGUGUCUGUGCAACAACUCCGAACUUUCAUGGCCCAGUACAGCCAUCUGCUACAGCACAACCAGGAGCUGCUCACACACAGUCAUGCCCUGCGAGAACACACACACAAUAUGUGCACACACCAGCAGGAGCGACCCUCACACACACGAAAAGAGCUUAGCAGGUCUACAGUGAGACAGCUGUAUAAAGUCGACUAUGAGAAAAAUUACAGCAACACCGGCACACAAAAUGAUCCCUCUCGACGUAACAAACGUUACCCUGACUAUGAAACGGCACCCUAUCACUACGACCCCGAAAUCCCGUCCCCUGUCUCCUUCCUCUCCGACUCUGACUCUCGCCACAAACCCGUCUCAGUUCCUCUGCGCAGCAUUCCAGAGACGGAGGGAGCGGGAUCUGUCCUCUCUGAUGCUCUGGGUGCGCUCUUUCCCUACGGAGCCGGAGGCUCUCGCUGCUCAAGCCCAUCUCAUUCCUCUGACUCCAGCAUUGAUAUCGCCUUUGUGCACUGUAGCCCUUCUCACAGCCCAACUCGACAGUCCCGCAGUAGGGGGCGAAACCCUGGGGGUGUGGUUUAUAAGUCCAACAGAACCUGUGUGUCACCUGACUCAGCAGAUAUAGUGAGACCCCGCCCUCUACAGGCAGUGCAGAGAAAAAGCAAAUCACUGAACGGCCUGCAGAUGGACAGUAUUGAUAGCCACGCCCACCAGAUGAAAAUUCCUGCCCACCCGAGAUUGGAACGCCAGUCAAGUGGCAAAACAAGACUGAGACCCAGCAGUCCAAAACACAGAUAUGAGAUACACACUGACACAGAGGAGCAGGCACGACUAGUACAUCAGAAGGAUCCUAGAAGCCUGGUGUGGGAGGAGCUCAAGUUGAGGGGCGUGUCUGAUGAUUAUGACCACACCCCUUUGAGUGAACGCAGUAGGAAAGAAGCAAAAGGAUUUAGGAAUUCCUUCAAAAAGCUCUUUAAAAAAAAGUCUAGUGGUGACGGAAAGGAGAAGACAACAGUGAAAGCUGAGUGUCAGAGCGGUGGAGAGCUGGAGUCCACCAAAGCCCUUCACACAGGAGAAAUUGACAGAGGAACUGCUGUUUGAACUGUUUUACUAAGUGGUUUUCAACUGGUUUGGCUUCAGGGUACAGAUUUUACAAUGAACUUCAAGUGGUGAUCCAACACACCACAUAAUCUUGGUCUUUAGUGUUUGCUCUCUAAAUAUCUCUUGAAUCUUGAAGGUUUCGCAUGUUAUUUUGCAUGAUAAAUUAAUUGUUAAUAUAAUUUUGGGCAAUAUUUUGAGAACGUUUGGUUCUUGCAUUGUUUAUGCAAAUAUAUACUCACACAUAUAAACACGUAUCCAUUUUUUUUCAGUUUAUGCUGGGGCGCGCUGACAGGACGCAAAACUGUAUCUGAUAAAAUGUAAAUUGUUAAGAGGGAUUAGUUCACUCAAAAAUUAAAAUUCUGUCAUUAGUUAUUCGCCCUCAUGUCGUUUCCAAACCUGUAGGACCUUCGUUCAUCUUAUAAGAUAUUUUUGAUGAAAUGAGAGCUUUCUGACGUUUAAGGCCCAGAAAUCGAUAAAGUAGUCCAUGUGACAUCAGUGGUUUAAACGUCAUGUUAUGAAGCUACGAGAAUACUUUUUGUGCGCAAAGAAAGCCAAAAUAAUUACUUCAUUCAACAUUUUCUUCUCUUCUGUGUCAGUCCAUACUGUCCAUGCAGGGUCAGAAAGCUCUCGAAUUUCAUCAAAAUUGUCUUAAUUUGUGUUCUGAAGAUGAACAAAGGACUUGCAGGCUUGAAAUGACAUGAGGGUGAGUAAUUAAUGGCAGAAUUGUAAUUUCUGGGGAAACUAUUCCUUUGUUCACUCAUAUAUAUAAAUACUAGUAUAAAUACAUGUUGUAUACUUUACAAAUAAAAUGUAAAUACAUUUGAAUGCAAAUGGUAACAAUUAAAAUAAUAAAGCAAUAAUAAAGCAAAUCUUAUUUUUAGGUCAAACGUCUACAUACAACUUGCAGAAUUUGCAUAAUGUUAAUUAUUUUACCAAAGUAAGAGGGAUCAUAUAAAAUGCAUGUUAUUUUUUAUUUAGUACUGACCUGAAUAAGAUAUUUCACAUAAAAGACAGGCAGUUUAACUGUUCAGGACAAACAAGGGACUCAUGAACAACUCAACUAUCACUAAACAAAAAACACAGCUGUGGAUCAUUCAGGUAACAACACAGUAUUAAGAAUCAUGCAUAUGUAAACCUUUG